AUGGACAACGGCGGCGACGAUGACGUUAUAGCUUACAUCUACCCGGCGGGAUACGAAGGGGCAAAAGAUACUAUCGACGAGAAUAAGGAGAACCCGGGCUACCGUCCUCCAAGAUACUGUCGCCCGGAGGUGCCGAAAUACGCUUCGGCGGCAGUCCACUCGGGACCACCCAAUAUAUUCAACAGGCUCGACCGAGAGCCGACGGAGGAAGCGGAGGAGCGCGACCCUCUUGAAUUAGAGGCUUGUAUUAGGACUCGCGUUGGCUUGAGGUGUGGACGGAGCGAGGAUGCUGAGCUCCGUCUCACGCCCCUCAAGGGCGUUAGCUUCUACCACUUCGCUCUCACAUUCAAUCAGGAUUACUGUCUCGACCUGGGUUCUACGCGCGGCACCACGGUCGUGUAUGAAGGGGUGGAGCGCGGUCGGUGGUCCUCGUUCCGCUGGAUCGUUGGAGGGAGCGACUUUCUAAAGGACAAAAGCCCUAUCAUCGUCAAGGUAUCUCCGUCCCUACAGUUCCAGCUCGUCGUGCCACAGCACGACGUUCAAUCCAGGUCCUACAGGGACAAGGUCGACAGAUUCCUCGCCGGGACGGCGGACGCCGAUCCUCUCCUCGACCUUGACCAAAUCGGCAUUUUGAGCCGGCGUGGGACCGAAGUCCCCUCCGGCGUGCAGACGCCGGCUUUAAAACCUACCGCGCCUGUAACGUUGGAGAAGGAGCUUGGCCGAGGGAGUUUCGCGGUUGUCUAUCGCGUUUGGAACGUCAGCACCGGAGAGCAGUACGCGCUCAAGAGACCAGUUAACAGGUCGUUCGACGCCGCUGCGUGGGAAAGAGAAGCCCUCAUCCUACGUCGGAUCGACCACAGGCACAUCGUUUCCUUGCUAAACUACAGUCCGGGGCCGACGCCGUGUUUGCACCUCGAAUACGUGCCCGACGAAUCUGUUGGCGACCACCUCCAAGCCGGCCGUGGCUUCUCCCGCUACGAAUGCAAGCAGAUCCUCGCGCAGACGCUGGAAGCUCUCGCCUACCUCCAUACGCUCGACCCGCAGAUCGUGCACAGAGACGUCAAGCCGACCAAUAUCCUGGUCAUGUAUCGCCGCCCCGACGCCAUCUUUGUCAAGUUCGCAGACUUUGGUCUAUCCCGCGAGGGAGACGUCCUCAAGACCAUUUGCGGCACCUGCCUCUAUUUGGCACCCGAGGUCUACGAAGCAAGUGCUACUAUUAUGCGAGACGAAGGGGCGGCUUAUACGGCCCUUGUCGACGUGUGGUCGCUGGGCGUCGUGCUUGCUGAGCUCGUGUGUGGACUUCCACAAUACGGCAGGCGGGGAGUGGAGUGGUGCAAUCGUGUCCGCCUGUGGGUGAAAAGAAUGAGUGGGCUACAGGUACAGGGAGAUGACCUACUGUCAUUCCUCCUGGACUCGAUGCUCUGUCUACGGCCCGACGCCCGAAAGACGGCCACGGACUGCCUCAAUAAUACCUUACUCUUACUCAACCAUACCGAUGAAGAAAGCAAUGGUGCAGUAAGUAAUAGCUACAGCCCGGACAAUUCCGAGAAUGAGGCGUCCACGAUCCGUCUGGGUGAGGCCCGGAAGGCCGACAGCGAAACCACGGAGCCGAAAACGGGCGAUCCAGGACUCAGGGACUCGACGCUGGAAAGAGACAUUAUCAGCAAUCCUGGACGACAUGUCCGUUCCACGAACGCCCCGUCCCCCAAGGCGACCACAGUACAUAUCGAGCAGCUCCUUUCCAAGCUUGAAAAUCCCGAGGACAACCUCUUCAAUAGGUCCAGCUUUGGCUAUGGCUCGGACGGAGGCUGCAGCGACAGCGGAGGGUCUAGCUCGGCUUCGACAAUCACAACCAAGCCGCAGGACGGAGAAGUCCAAGGGUCGCCCAGGUCCGUCUUGGGGCUUGCAGCGCCUCCCGAAAUACAUCUGGAGGCUACGCCACCCUCCGAUGCUGUCAAGGAUAUGGGGGAUAGAGCGGAGGUGGCGGAGAGGACAGACACACGCAGAGGCAAUGAGGCUGAUGCCGCGCCCUCCUUUAAGAGACCGAGGACUACCAGUACAAGAGGUACUGUGCAUCUUGGCGGCUGUGAGGACUGGAGCUGUGUAGCAAGAACCUGGGUUCGAUGUACUGGGUAA